AGUUCCAGAGCUUCCGUCCAAGAGCUCAGGUGUGGCAGUUAUUUGAUGGGAGCAGUGAACAAGGAGCUGCAUGGCCUCGGUUGGAGCACCCGUGUGGCUACUGUCGGUCUGAGCCGGGCGCAGCCGUCUGGUGGCCAAAAUGAGCUAGGCCAUGGCCAUAUGGCUGCUGCUGCCCAGCGGGGCCGGGUCGCUGCUGGUGCCGCUGCUGCUGGCAUGUUGCUUGCCAGGCCCAGUGGCUGCCAAGCCAUCGGACACCUGCAACCGUCAUCGCAAGAUCCUUACUGCUCCCUGGGGCAUCAUCACUGAUGGCAAUGACAGCUACCGUAAUGACUCGCACUGCGAGUGGCUCAUUAGAGCUAACUCCAGCAAGCUGUACAUCACAUUGCGUUUUCACGAAAUGGCUACAGAAUGUGCCUAUGAUCAUGUGUUUGUCUACGACGGUGACUCCUAUACCAGCCCGCUGUUGGGAACCUUCAGUGGCGAGUCUAUACCCCCACCUGUGACGGCAACAUCUGGUUCUAUGCUGAUUCUUCUCUACAGCGAUACUAACUACGUCCUCAAGGGUUUUGUGGCUGAGUACUCCAUCACACAGUGUCCAUCCAACUGCAGUGGCCAUGGCAGUUGUGGUCGUGAAUCAUGCGUGUGUGACCUCACCUGGGCAGGACCUGACUGUGGCACACCUGUCUGCCCUAGCUCCUGCCAUGCUGACCAAAGCCAGGGCAAAUGCAGCUUUCCUUGUGCCACAACAAGCUCCCCUGGAUCAUCCGAGACUCCACACUGCUGCCGCUGCUCCCAUGGUUUUGCUGGGAUCUCUUGCAGCUUGCCUGAAAACCCGAAUGACUCUGCUGCUGGUUGGCACCUCCUCUCAAGGGGCAGUGUCCCAUUCGUUGCCCGUGCAGGACAUGCAGGCGUCUAUUUGCCUUUCACAGAUCAGUUCUUUGUAUUUGGGGGCCGGGCAUUUGGGCGUGUGCUGGGGGACUUUCUCGUGUACAACUUCAAUGAGAGCGCAUGGCACGAUUUGACCAUUGUGAAGCCACGACCUGCAGCUCGCUGGGGUCAUGCCAUGGCUCCUUACGCCCACACCAUUGCUCUUCAUGGGGGUGAGCUUGCCAAUGGGAGCCUUUCAUCGGAGCUGUGGCUCUACAAUGUUGCCAAGAGGGAGUGGACACUUGAGUUGCCUUCACCUGCUGGCCAGUACCCACCUGCUGUUGCACUGCACACAUUGACUCCUGGUGAUGGCAAUCACUUAUACGUCUUUGGUGGCAGGACAGCUGGGGGUGUGUUCUCAGACGCACUGUAUCGAGUGAAUCCACGAAAUGGUACCCAGUGGGAGCAUGUGAGUUAUGUAGGUUCUGUGUCUCCUUCAGUUGGCCAUGCUGCAGUGUUUCAUGCUGAGUCACGAUCUCUGCUGGUGCACGGUGGUGUGGUGGUAGACUAUGCACGCUUCAGCAAGCUGAGCUCUGCACUGUGGGCAUUUCAUGUGGAUGCCAAUCGAUGGACACGUCUUCAACGAACACCUCUUGGUGGUGAUGCACCCACAGAACGGGCAUUUCAUGCAGCAGCCCUUGUAGGUGGCUACAUGGUCCUCUUCGGGGGUUAUAUGCAUAAGCACUCAUUUGAAGAAAAGUGCUUUGACGACGGCAUCUACUUGUACCACUUGCGCUGCCACAAGUGGGUCUCAUUCAAGCUUGUCGCGGGGGACCUUCUUGGUCAUGGCCGCGGUGAUCGGUGUCCCGGUGUGUACUCUCACGUGAUGGCUCUCCGUCGUGGUCACACUCUCCUGGUAUUGGGAGGCUACCGAGGAGUCAUGUCCUCUGACCUCUGGGCUUUUCUCUUACCGACCACUAUUACACACGCUUAUUCAGAUUCAGCCUCUGGAGCCUGCAUUCGCCAUAGAUUUGAGACUGCUUGCCAGGCCAACCCUGCCUGUGCCUGGUGUGGUGGCUCUGGUGUCUGUCUGGACCGAAGAAAAGUCAAGGAUUGCCGUUCUGGUAACUUCCGCCCGGGUAGCUGCCCUGGCUUAUGUGCAGCUCUGGGCGAUUGUCAAAGCUGCAUGAUCUGGGGUGGCCAUAACAGCAUGCCUAUGGGUAGCAAUGAACUCCGGGGUCUCUCUGCCAAGGCUACUUUCCCACAGGCCUGUGGGUGGUGUGUUGAGGCAUCAGCCUGCCAUCCCAUUCAUGAGCCUCCUGGAGUAUGUCGCCCUCCCCAUGAUGGUCGCCUCUCAGCAGAGCAAGCAGGCUUCUGGGGUCCCCAUGGCCAAAUUGUGGCCUCCUUGCAUGAAUGCCGCACAUUUGACUUUCGGCCAGGCCUUUUUCUCCUGCAGUACAGGAAUCCAGUCAACCUCUCUCAACCAGAUCAGGUGUCAUAUGUGAACAACAGUAGCCAGCAUCUGAUGUUCACCUCUGAGUACCAAGAUGAACAGGAAGGAGGUGGCGAGCACGUGGCACGUCUACUAGGCUUUCUGCACCCUCGGGGAGCCCUGCCACCAUCAGGGGGGCCACUGCGCCUCUUCCUUGAUAUCAAUGGAGGACGUGCUGCACUGCGCUUGGGCCAAGCCGGAAACGCCCGCCUCGAAGACACUGAGCUGGUGGCACAGCUUAGUGCACAUAGCUACAAUCGAACAGAGGCAAAACGCCCGAGUGGCCAGCCGCUUCUGCUACCGUCAACAGCAGCGCGGGAGCUACGUUACCUUCUCGAUCUCUCUCUACAUGCACCAGCCAAGUACUGCACCAAACACUGUGAUCGCAACUUAGAUCUACGAUGGAAUGCUCAUGACUCUCAUCAGGUAAUCUCCAGCAAACACCUGGAACCAUAUCGCAAUGGGACCCAGUGCCCAUCACGUGGCACAUGCCUGGCAUGCCUGAGUGAUGCUGGCUGUGGCUGGUGCCCGUCAGCUCCGGCUUGCGUGCCACGGCAGCCGACCUCAUCAUCCACCGUUAAGGGGGCAGCACCGUGUGCCCCAGGGAGCACACAGCUCUUGGUUUUGGAGCCGCACCACUGCCGCACCUGCUCAGCGUUCAUCUAUUGUCACGACUGUGUCCAGGAUCCAUUCUGUGAGUGGAUUGUGGAGGGAGCCUUCUGUGUACGGCGGGGCCGCCACAGUUUGGCUGUCAGGCAUCCAGAUCAGUGUCCGACUCCAUGUCACCUGCGAAGAGGAUGCAUUUCAUGCCUGGGGGACCCUGGGCGGUGUGCUUGGUGUCGAGAGACGCAGAGCUGCUUCCUCUUCUCCACGUACACCACCUCCUUCAUGUAUGGUGGCUGUCGUGAGUGGGUUGAUGAGGACCACGGAAGCCCCAAAGGAGCAACAUUCCCAGGAGCACAGUGUCCCAAUUGCUCAGCAUUUAAAGACUGUGCUGGCUGCCUGCAGAAGCUGAGCUGCGGUUGGUGUGGCAAUGACUACAACCCAAACAAUGGGGUCUGUGUGGAGGGAGACUUUUCUGGACCUUACGUGGGCACCUGCUCAGAGCGUGUACGCAAGCAGUUUCCUUCACUGGGGGGCCCCCGGGAAGCAUCAUGGUCUUAUGCACAAUGCCCUAAUGUGAACGAGUGCAAGCUCAAGCUCGCACGCUGCCACCCAGAUGCUACCUGCUACGACACUGUCCACAGCUAUCGAUGCCAGUGCAACCGGGGCUUCAAAGGAGAUGGCACCACGACAUGUGUUAAGACGUGUGCUGAGCAUUGUACUCAUGGUCACUGUUCGGAGGCACCUGAUUUCAAGUGUAUCUGCCACUUGGGCUGGACAGGACCACGAUGUGAUGUUGACUGUGGCUGCCACAACCACAGCAGCUGUGAGCGUGGAGUGGGGCGUUGUGACAGUUGCCACAACCUGACUGAGGGAGACCAUUGCCACCUCUGCAGGAAAGGGAGCUUUGGGAAUGCCACCAGUCCUUUUGGCUGCCGUAAGUGUGCCUGCAAUAGACAUGGCGAUGCCACACGAGGCACAUGCGACUCAAGCACAGGGGAUUGCUACUGCCUGCACAACACCCAUGGGAAACAUUGCGAGUCUUGCCAUCCAGGGUACUUCGGUGAUCCCAGGAAUGGAGGCCGCUGCUACAUAGACUGCAGCCCCAAGCGUGUUGUGUACGUGGAGCCAGAUGGAGGUGGACUGGGUGUGCCAGAAAUGGAAGGUCCAGUGGAGGCCCGCCACUGUCUAUGGAUCCUCACCAGUACUCCAACCAACAAAAGCAACACUCUCUCUAUGCAACCAGGAGCUACCUUGGAGUUAACACUGCUUCCAAACCUGAGGGUUCCAUGCCCUGAAAAUCAUAUCUAUGUUUACUCGGGGGUUCCACCUUUCGUGCUUUCUGCUGUGCGUGGCAGUGAAGAAAGUGUGCUGCUAGGAGCAUUUUGUGGUACCAACCUGACAGCAAACAUCACACUGGUGUCACCAACAGGCUGGCUUUCAGUGUACUUUCGGCGUGGCCGCUUGCCCCAAGGGUUCAGUGCUAGUUUCCGUCGCCUGGACUGCCCCAGUGCGUGCAUGUCUGAGCAGCAGCGUCACUGCAGCCACAGUGGAGAGUGCGUGUGUGGCCGUGGCUAUGUCGGCAGCCACUGCCAGGUGGCCAGCUGCCCCAACGAGUGCUCAGCCAGCCAGCGCCAUGGCCUCUGUGAAAAGGGAUACCGGCUCUGCCACUGUGGAGACCAGUAUGGGGGUGCUGACUGUGGCCAUGCUCUAGUGCCAGGGCAAGUGUCGUGGAGCCUUCUGUUUGAGCUGGAACGACUCACUGGGCAGAUUCAAGGGGCCAGUAUAGGUGGUGCCAUUGAGCUGCCCCACUCACGCCUGGGCCACUCACUCCUCUCUCUUGAGCCCAACCAACUGUGGCUGUUUGGAGGCAGGGACCCUGCACGGGGUGACAGUGAUGAACUUUAUGUGUAUGACCUCGACUUUGAUCGUUGGAAAAAGCUUAACGUGUCACGCGACAUGGGCCAAGCUCCAACGGCUCGUCGUUCCCACGGAGCUGCUAUGGUGGCUGGCAACAUGUACAUAUUCGGUGGGCUCAAUGCCACUGGUGUACUGGGCGACUUCUGGAAAUUUGCGACAGACUUCUACACAUGGACUCGUGUUCCAACAACUCCAGAUGUGCCAGCCUUAGCAGGCUUGACACUGACCAACGUGGACAACCAGCAGCUGGUGCUCAUAGGAGGGUUUUCUCCUGAGUAUGGAUUUCAGGACAAAACACUUGCCUACAGUAUUGACGCCAUGGACUGGCGGGUCCUCAAUACUACAGGCACUGUCCCCAUUGGUGUGUACGGACAUACCAGCAACUACCAUCGACCAACGCAGAGCAUCUACGUGUUUGGAGGUAUUGUGUACUCAGUAGAUCGCCCACUGGUGUCAGACCACCUGUACGUGCUGCACAUGCCAAGCCGCCGCUGGUCUCGCCUGCCACCUGACGAUCGUGCCAACCCAGCAUACUCUAGGAUAUCCCCACGCUACUUUCAUGCUUCAGCCUCCACUGAAAACUCUUUGUUUAUCCUGGGUGGCCGCAAUGGUUCUGGAGAGGCAAUCUUGGAGCCAUUUGCCUAUGACUUCAAUUGCAACCACUGGAUCCCACUUGAUGGGCCAUAUGUACAGUUAGUUGGUGAGCAGCCUGCAGCCUUGGUGGGUGCCUCAGCAACCCUUCUCCAAGGCAAGCUGUACAUACUAGGUGGGACGUCAGUGCGGCUGCAGCGUGUGACCCUUCCCCAGGAUUUGUGCGCCCUCUUCUCACACAGCCGGCUUGGAUGCCUGCGCUCUGUUGGUUGUUCUUACUGCUCUGUCCAAGACACCCAGGGAAACAUCACUCACUGCUACUCCAGUGCCAGGGCAGUCCCAGCCAGCUGCAUUCAUCAUCGAGGAGGAACAUUGGAGGUGGCUCAAGGCAAAGUCUGUGAUGCAGAUUGGCUUGGGAACCGCACCUGUUACCAGUACAACAACUGCGAGGAUUGUGUGGCCUCAUGGCCAGUACAUCCCAGUGUACAGCACACAUGCCAAUGGUGCACAGGUUGCCGUAAAGGCCGCUGCUUCAGGGCAGGGGAGUCAUCAUGUGAGAAGCCCAUUGGCUGUGAUGGGCCCAGACACCCACUUGUUUCAGACCCUGCUCAGUGUCCACUGCGUUCUUGCCUUGCCUCAGAGUGUGAGAAGUGCAGAGACCUCGGGUCCUGCAUGUGGACUCGACAAGUGGUCCGCUCAAGUGAACUUGGUCACACAGUUAAUGUUCGUCCAAUCUUUGACUGGACCUGUGUGGGGAGAACACUGAAGGAUGCGUCGAGUUUCCCGGUAGAGUCAAAUCCUCCACGGCCCUGCCCCAAGCGCUGCAGCCAGCACACAUCUUGCACCGAGUGCCUUGCCAGUGCAGGAGGUGAAGGUGGCUGGCACGAGUGUCGUUGGAGCUCUGCCCUGGCUGAAUGCAUGACUCCCAGCUACGUGGGCCUGCGGUGUGAAGGAGGGGCAUGUGGACAGGUUCUCGGUGGGUCUGUGGAAGCGUGCGGGGUGCCGUGCUAUGUUCACGGCCAGGCAGCCCAUUGCCUGCGUGAUCCACGGUGUGGCUGGUGUGGUCUCCGUGCCCCGGGUGCCAAUGGAAGGGGCCUCUGCAUGCGUGGGGGACAUAGGGGGCCCACAGGUGGCUCUUGUGGUCCAGCCUCUGUCUUCUUGCAUGGCCAUCCUUUGCCAGCCAAUGUAUCCCACUGGCUUCAGACACUUGGUGAAGUGCACUGGUACUAUUUUGUGCGGCCUCCUGAGAAUGAGUGCACCAAUGGACACCAUACAUGUGAUGCCGAGAGGGAGGAGUGUGUUGAUAUACCUGAUGGCUUUGAGUGUAUCUGCAAGCAAGGCUAUGCCAUCAACAGCAACAGCAGCAGUGCUGGCAAUGGUGGCAGUGCUGGAAGCCCAAUGUGUGAGCCUGUCUGUCCUGAAGGAUGUGACCAGGGCCAGUGUGUGCGACCAAAUGAGUGCAGAUGCAACUUUGGCUACGUUGGGCGCAACUGCUCCAUACUCUGCCACUGCAACGGUCACAGCGACUGUGCCGGCCCUGACCACCUUGAUGUUUGCACAAAGUGCCACAACCACACAAAGGGCCCCCAGUGCAGCCACUGUGAACCUUUCUACGUGGGUAACCCUGCCAAGGGAGGCCGCUGUGUGCCAUGCCUUGAGUACUGCAACCAACAUACAAAUAUCUGUGUUGAAGCAGGGCAAUUAGACUUCAAUGAAUCUGCCGGCAACCUUUCACCUGCUGAAUUCCUGGAGUCGUUCAAGCAGAUUGAGCAUGGUCCACUGGAGUUAGCUGUGUGUCGUUUCUGCCAGAACAACACGAUGGGUGCUCAGUGUGAGGAAUGCGUCGAGGGCUACUUUGUUGUGGGCAAGGACAUCGCUCGUGGCUGUCGACCGUGCGAAUGCCACGGGCAUGGGGACACCUGUGACCGGCGUACUGGUGAAAACUGCAACUGCAAGAACAACACGGAAAAUGAUCGCCAGUGUAGCCAAAAAAGUGGCAAGAACAGUGCCAGCCCCUGCUGGAACCUCCAGUGCUCCAAGUGCAAGGAGAAUUUUCAGGGUGUUCCUACCAAUGGGCACCAGUGCUAUCGUCACAUGCGUCUCGAGCAGGACUACUGCUUGGACCCAGAGACACAGGAGUGCAGCCCAGACCCAAACCUGCUGCCUCAGGGUCGCACCAUGUUCUUCGUUGUUCAACCUCGCUAUAUGAACGUUGACAUUCGUGUCAUCAUGGACAUUACCUCAGGUGCAGCUGAUUUGUAUCUAUCAGCUAAAGAAGACACCUUUGUCGUUGAAGUCAACCGCACAACUGGCAUACAUGUAGUAUCAGUUGAUCGGAAGUAUGGCGUUGGCUUAACUGGAGACCUGACAGCAAAUGCAGCAGUUCCAGCUGCAGCUUCGCUCCGUAAUGGUACCGAUGCCCCUUGGCUUCUGCGACCGCGCCAUGCCACACCUGCAGGGCUAGCCACCUACGUCACAGUGAGGGACCCGCGUGAGUUCCUGUUGGUUCACAAUCUUCGGCACCGUCUUGUUGUUACUGUGCCUCAGAAUGUGUAUGACUUACGAAGCACGCGGCUCUACCUCGUUAUCUCAGGUGCUAGUGAAGUACCCACACGUGGAAGCCUUUUCUUCCGUCAGGACCAGACACGCAUAGAUCUCUUUGUAUUCUUUUCUGUAUUCUUUUCCUGCUUCUUCCUUUUCCUGGCAGCCUGUGUUGUGGUGUGGAAGGUGAAGCGUGCUUUUGACAUCCGCCGAGCUCGUCGUUUACAUGCAGCACAAAUGGAACACAUGGCACGGCGGCCAUUUGCAAAGGUGUGCCUGUCCAUUUUGGAUGAAGAGGAGAGUGGUGACAGCUUUCGGUCACCAUUACGUAAAAAACCUCAACGUCGCGCCCUCAGGGACUCGCCUAAGGGUGUCCCAGCAUCUUGUGGAUCAGUGCGGCCAGUUGCUGUGGAACCCACGGGUGAUGGUGCAGCAGCAGUGACUACAUUAAUGGUGCAACUUCCUGGAGGACUGAGUGCUCCAGUGCGACUUGCGCUUGCUUCUGCACUGGUGGCUGUGCGUUCUGGGGGAGGGGGUGCAGCAGGUGGCAUCCGAGCUGCGAUGAGGCGGAGGACAAGCCACAUAAACUUGUGAUAUUGGACAUGCUGUAAUGUUCUUUAUUGGAAUGUUAUACUCUGAACUCAUUUGGCUGGAUAGUAGUGGUGCAGUGAGUGCAGGCCAUGUUGUAGCCUGAACUGUGAAUCCAGCUCAAGCAUGUGCUGUGGCUGUUGUGACCAGUGCGAGUCCCUUUCUUACACCUGCUUUGUCUUUGAGAGGACUAUUAAGAUACUUUUUUGUAGAGAGUGGUGUUUAAAAAGAUGAUCUUGGAUUCAGGACAGCAGCUUUUGGGCGUAGACUGCCAGUAGGCAAUUGCAGUGCUUUCUCUUGGGCUUGUAGUUUAGUACUUGCUUUUUUGUAUUGGCCCUGUCUGCAGGAUCGAGUCUUAGAAGCCCACUAUCGACUGCACACCUACAAGAGCACUGCUGAAGAUUUGCAGUGUUCCUGUUAACCAAACCAACCACAGAGACAAUGUUUUAUUCAUAGCGUGCGCACCAUAUGUCUGCCUAACUCAACAAACAUGACUAGACGUAGUUGCAAAUCUAAAAUGCUUGUUAGUUCAUCAAUUAUAUGAAAAGUCACAAUAGCAGUGCCUCAGCUGCAGUCUUAUGCUUUGACCUCAAGCAUGAGGAAUCAGAUGCUCAUGUUCUUUGCCAUAUCAUAGUUAAGUUUUAUAAUUACUUCCUGCAUCUUCAGGCCACAAUGCACAUCAUGUAUUUACAUAUCCUUUCAUUUUCUUUAUAAUUUUGAGUAACAAACUCAAUAAACGUUGUCUAAGUUUAAUUCAAUAUAUCUUUUACCUGACAUUGAAUGUUCAGUUACCUCUCACUUUAUAAUUGCAUACUUCACAAUAGCUUACCCUAAUUACACUUGUAUUUGAUAUGCUGUGUAGUAAUAGCUUCUGUGGCAGAGUCCAAAAACAAGCUUUGUUUUAUGAAAGGUCCUAAAGGCCUAUGACUAGCCAUCAUUUUUUAUUACUCAGUUCAUGCAUGAAUAUUGAACUUUGCUCUUGUUUACUUUUUUUGAUGACACCAUGUUUGUCUAAUGGUUGCAAGUAAUCAAGAACUUAGUGUCAUCCAUGCUGAAUGUUUCAGAGGGAGAUAAGUAUAACUGCAAAGUUGCCACACAACACAUUCGGCCAUGUUUUGCACGCUAUGUUUGGUGAAAAAAUUUUUAUUACUCUAACCUGCAGUAGCCUAUUUGAUGUCCCUGCAACCUUAUUCCAUUCAUUCUUUUCUUCACGAUAAUCAGGUAUGGACGGAUUCUUGACCAGUGCAUGGAAAACAAGCUAAGAUCUGUCAGCAAGCGAUAUCUUUCACUACAAAUGUGGCAAAAAAAAGCUUUCCUCUUGUACAUUUUUUAUUUUUUAUUGAGAAUAGGUUUCUUUUUCACUUUGCUACAUGAGCUCUGUAGCUCAAUAAUUCUAUCUGGUGUAUGAAAGCUGCUUCAGAAUCCAUGCGAAUAUAACUGGUAUUUUCAUGACUGAGCCAUGAGGAAUGGUUUGUAGCACUAUUGGCCUAUACUGAAUUAACCAAUCUGGUGUUCGCAGUUUCAAGAAUCUCUUAUGCAAAUCUAGUUUGUCUCUAUAAUCAAAGUAAAUUAGCAAUGGAUGUGAGAAAUUUUUUCUACAAAUACAGAUGUCCUCUGUCCCAUGCAUGAAAAAAUGCAGUAUACGUCAAGCUGGUUAUCAAGCUCCUGAUGAAUUAUCUUGAACACUUGUUGUCAGUACCUGUGAUAACUGCUAUGCUAAUGUACACCUGCGAUUUCAUGCUGGGUCAUUGCACAUGAAGUUGUAAGGGGGGGGGGUGCACAAAAUUUUUUGUGAUGUGUACCACUGGUUCUUCCAAUAAGGGCACCUACCUAAAUUUUUAUUUUGGAAAUGAACUUUCACUCCUGAGAUUGUGCCUACUGUUUCUGUAUUGGUUUUUAAUCACAUAUACAUACUUAAGCCUUGUUCUUAAGUGUUCUGACAUGCUUUCUGCAAACUUGCUUAUAUGACAAUCAAGAACAAAGAAUGCUGCCUGCUAUUUUUAUUCUUCCAUAUCGUUAGUGCAGGCAGCUCAGAGCCAACAGCAUUGAAUACAAUGAUUAUGCAAUUGUCUUUAACAGGUGCCCCUGCAAUUAUGAGCACUCAUUAGGAUUAAUGUACCACACCAUUUGAAAUCAGGAACAUCAUUUUAGCUUACCUUUCUGUUGCAGAAGUGAGCACCUGGCUGCCAUCCUGGUCAUAUUGCAUUUGUGAGAUAACAUUAUUUCAGCAGAACUGAUAGCUGGGCGAGUUAGUAGGAAUUCAUAGUAAAAUAUUUAGCACGCAUAAUUGACAAGGACACAGUGAAGGGGGACACACAAGUGCUUUUUCACAACUAUUUUAUUUUUGGAAAGAUACAGAACAUAUAUACCUCAGCUAUCAGCGCUGAGCAUGUGCAACAAGAGUGGUCAGUAAAACAGAAACAGAUUAAAAACAGAUUAAGAAGGUUCAUCUAGUAUUUAAAAAAGCAAAUUCAUUUUCAGAGAUUACAACCAAUGCCUGGCUUAUGCAUUUUUUUGCGCACUUUUUGAUAUGAAAUGCUUCUGUAAUUUCACGUGUUAGUUUAUUUUUAUCUGAAAACAAAAUGUCAGUGUUAAAAAAUACCGGAUCACAAUGACAUAGAUUACAGUGGUUCGACAAGUGUGAAUGGUUUUCUUUACCGAGAGAACGUUCAUGUUCUUUUAGACGGGUGUUCAUGCACCGACCGGUUUGUCCUAUGUACAUGUUGCCACAGGUCAACGGAAGCCGGUACACAACACCUGUUCUGCAUUUUGUGAAUUUUUGAUUGUCUUUUAGGCUGCAGCUGCAUUUCUUUACCCUACUGUCUAACUUAUUGGAAAUAGCUUGGCACAGUUUUUGCACCUUGUUAGGAGCACUGAAAACCACUUCAACGCCAUACCGGCUGGCAACAUUCUUUAGCCCAUGGGAAAAAUAAUGGACGUAAGGUACAACUGCAAGGCGCUUUUUGUUACAACUGUGUCUUGCCUUCGGGCUGCUUUAGUAAAAUCUUGUUGCCACCGAAUAAAAGAAAGCUUUGCCAAUCAGGUAACAAGACUAGCUUCGGUGGGAUUCCCGGAACACAUAAUAGGCAGAGCGGCCGAAAAGGUAAUAAAAAUAGUAAAGGGUGUACAACCCACAGAUUCAAAGAACAGGCUUAGCACGAACAAAAAGCGCCUUGCAGUUGUACCUUAUGUCCAUUAUUUUCCCCGUGGGCUAAAGAAUGCUGCCAGCCAGUAUGGCGCUGAAGUGGUUUUCAGCGCUCCUAAGAAGGUGCAAAAACCGUGCCAAGCUAUUUCUAAUAAGUUAGACAAUAGGGUAAAAAAAUGCAGCUGCGGCCUAAAAGACGAUCAAAAAUUCACAAAAUGCAGAACAGGUGAUGUGUACCGGCUUCCGUUGACCUGUGGCAACAUGCACAUAGGACAAACUGGUCGGUGCAUAAACACCCGUCUAAAAGAACAUGAACGUUCUCUCGGUAAAGAAAACCAUUCGCACUUGUCGAACCACUGUAGUCUAUGUCAUUGUGAUCUGGUAUUUUUUAACACUAACAUUUUGUUUUCAGAUAAAAAUAAACUAACACGUGAAAUCACAGAAGCAUUUCAUAUCAAAAAGUGCGCGAAAAAAUGCAUAAGCCAGACAUCGGUUGUAAUCACUGAAAAUGAAUUUGCUUUUUUACAUACUGGAUGAACCUUCUUAAUCUGUUUUUGAUCUGUUUCUGUUUUACUGACCACUCUUGUUGCACAUGCUCAGCGCUGAUAGCUGGGGUAUAUAUGUUCUGUAUCUUUCCGAAAAUAAAAUAGUUGAGAGUAAGUGCUCGUGUGUCCCCUUCACUGUGUCCUUGUCAAUUGUGCGCGUUAAAUAUUUUACUAUGAACAUUAUUUCAGUCUCUGGAGUUUGUUUUACUUAGCUGAAAAAGGGGGAAGGAAAGAGGACUUCAUUUUCAUGAGUUGACUGCGCUUUAAGGUGAAGUUCACCAAUGAACAUCCUCUCUGUAUUUUGUUUCCCUGAAAAAAAAAAAAAUGCACGGUUUUUGUUAGUACAUCUUGAUGAAAACUUUUCUUUCUAUACGUUACUGUCAUUGUUCAUGCAUUUCAAGCGCAUUACAACUUCAGGCUGUUCUCAGAAAUAAUGCCGUCAGGUACCAUUUUUGAAUGUCUUUUUUUUACUCAUGAUUUUCAAGGCCCUAGCUUUUGCCUCUAAUAUUCAUGUGGACAAAACAACGUUUACAAUCUGCACUAAUGUGACAAGUAUGCAAUGCAUUAUAGCCUAGUGCACAACACUCGGCACUGGCUCAGGCUUGUUUGACCUAUCUAGAAAGGACUUCAGGAAGUAUUAUGGAACUCUUCUCUAAUUUCCUGUGCAGAAUGAACACUUAGUGAGACCAGAGUAAAGCUGAGUUGAACUUUUUUCCAACCUUGUCGUAUAUUUUAGCUCUGACGAUCAAGGUAACUUGGCAUGAUGUACAGCUAGAGCAGAAUUAGAAUGGCAUAGUUUUGUUGCCCUGCUGCAUUUGCUUCUAAGUCAGUGGAAACCAGACCACAUAUUUGGUGUGCUCAUAUGUGGCGUUAGCACUCAUGUGGUCUUGCGUGAACAUGUUAUAGCUACGAUUUUUCACUGAAUUACUCGUAAAUGCUGUUCCACCAGGUCACGUUGCUGUUUACUUUUUGCACUGCUUGUAGAUGACAUGAUACAGUCCUUUGUUCUGAAAUGUAUGAUGUCUUGUCCAUUUCAAUUUCUGUGCAAUUAACAUGGAAUACAUUUAAACCUGUAUGUUAUCUCAUUUCAGCUGGGUCAGUGCAAAUGCUUUAGCUGCAAUGUAGAUAUAGUUUUCACUGUUUGCUUGUUAUUCCAUUCAUUUUGUUUUUCCUUGCAAUGUGCUGUGUAAGUUUUUUCUUUUCUUGUAAGCUUAUUUCAUAGCUCAAAACAGCUACAGUUCCUAGUGCGAUGCUUUUUCCAGCACGUUUACAAUGUCAGAAUAGUUCUGGCCUUUGUUGUGACGAGGUCUCAUAUUAUUUUCUGUGUGUGUUGCUAUUUACAUUGCAGUGCCAAAAAAAUUGUGUAUUUCAUUGUAUGGUGUAAUGUUUUAAUGUUUCCUUUUUAGACUUUUACUUUUUAAUUGCUAAAAGCAAACUGGGCAGAAUAACAAUGAUUUCUCUAGAAGUUGGAGGACACUGUAGUAGCAGAGCUCGCCUUUAUAUUCACUUGUGCUACAGCAUAAGCAAAUAAUUGUUAUAAUCUUGCUGCUGAUUGCGUGACAUAUGGGUGCAGUGGAACGAGUGACAGGCAUGUUUUUACAGUUUGCUUUGUCGUGUUAAUGUCAUGGUUGUACACUGCUGAGCUUGGUUUUGUGAGGAUCACACCAUCUGACAGCACUGUGUAAAGUUCAGGUCAUUCUACACCAUAUAAUAUUUGCAUCAGAUUUUUACACAUUUGUUUGUACUUGUUAACCAAAUCAUUACUAAUUCGAAAAAAUAUUCAUCUGCAGGAUGGAAAUUACAUUCUCCCUGAACUUGCUUUUAUAUGUUAAUAUGUCUAGAAGGCAACAAGGGAAAACAUGGGGAAGGUGGGAGAUGGAAAUUCAAGACGAUGAGCAAAACGAGAACAAGGCAAAAGCAGGAGCCAACGUUUCGACAAGUGGACUUGUACUCUACAUCUUACAGUCAAAUUUCCAUUCCGAACGAGAAAGAAAAUACAGAGAAUCAUACCUUAUCCAUAAGAUCAAGACAUUGCAACCAAUAGGCAUAAACGUUUCAAAGGGAGCUUUAGAAUUGAUUUGCUAUGCUAAAUUUCAAGCUAUAGGCCUUUUUUCCCCCCUUCUUCUUCUUUCAAUUUUUCCCCCUUUAUUUAUUUAUACUAUUUCAGUAUUUUCCUUUUUUUUUUUGACCACUGGUUUCUGCCGCUCCUUCUAUUAUCUCUUUCAUAGACACGAUAGCCUACGACCACCAGUGAAAGAGGUAAUAGAGGGCUGCUUGCUGUGCACGCCGUUGACACGCCGGCUGACACGUGAUGGACAGACGGCCUGGUCCCUGGCCUUGUGCACAGCACUCCUUUAUUCUCAAUUCGACACGCUAACACACCUUCGCUCGUUGCCGCAGCCACCCGCCUUAUGCCCUCUCCGCUUUAGAAGAACCCCGCCUAUAUAUAGUGUGGCGAGGAAAGCAUAUGUCACCUUGAAGAAGACAAGUCCGCUUGUCGAAACAUUAACUCCUGCUUUUACCUUGUUCUCGUUUUGCUCAUAGUCUAGAAGGCAACAAAAACAAAGCACACAUAGCACAAAUCAGUAGAAGAAUUUGAAAAGAGAUUGCAUUCAUACAUUUCAUCUUAACUGCUCAACAAAAGUGCGUGUGCACAUGCAUCGGUGUGCUGUUAAAUCUUUAAAAUUUGUUAAACAGUGCUGUAAAAAGAGUGCAAAUGAAUUUACAGUGCGGAUGUUCUGAAUCUACUUAAAUGAUCUCAGAGUAUGUGCAACAUCAGUGUAAUGUAUGUUUUCCUUGUAAUACAUUGCAUCAUAAGCA